GUGGACAAGGAGUUAGACAGGCUCCUGGAAGAGGAAGUGAUUGAGCCAGUAAAGUUCUCUGACUGGGCUGCAGCAAUCGUACCCGUGAUUAAACCAGAUGGUGAGGUCAGAAUCUGUGGUGAUUUUAAAGUGACGGUCAAUCAAGCUGCGAAGCUUGAGCAGUACCCAUUGCCUACAAUGGAAGAUUUGCGUUUCAAGCUGGCCGGUGGAUCACGGUUCACCAAGCUGGAUCUCAGCCAUGCUUACUUCCAAUUGAUGCUCGACGAGGAGUCAAAAGUGUACACAACAAUCAACACACACUGUGGGUUGUUUCAGUACAACCGAUUACCAUUUGGGAUCAGUUCGGCAACUGCCAUUUUUCAGAGAACCAUUGAGUCAUUGCUACAAGGCAUUGAAAACACAGCAGUCUACAUCGACGACAUUAUCUUGACAGGAAAGAACGACAAAGAGCACAUGGAUACACUGGAUCAGGUAUUGAAGGGACUAGAAGAUGCUGGCCUCAGGUUGAAAAGGUCCAAGUGCAUUUUCAUGGCAGAAGAAGUGACCUGCCUUGGUCACCGUAUUGACAAGGCGGGAAUCCAUCCUGUACCAGACAAGGUAGAGGCCAUAGCCAAUGCUAGGAGGCCCACUAACGUGGGUGAACUGAAGUCUUUUUUGGGACUUCUCAAUUAUUAUGGCAAAUUUUUGCCAGACCUUUCAACCAGAUUGGCAACCCUGCACAAGCUACUCCGUAAGGAACAAAAGUGGAGUUGGCGUAAGGAACAGCAACAAAGUUUCGAUGAUGUCAAGAAACUUAUCCUCUCUGCGGAUUUCCUUGCUCACUAUGAUCCAAGGAAGGAGUUGUUAUUGCAGUGUGACGCAUCUCCAUAUGGCGUGGGAGCCGUGCUAUCUGUGAAAGAGCCCAACGGAAUCGAGCGUCCAGUGGGGUUCGCCUCAAGAUCUCUGACCGACGAGGAGAGGAAUUACUCGCAGCUUGAUCGAGAAGGACUAGCAAUAAUAUUUGGAUUGAAAAAGUUCCACAAAGUCCAGCGAUGGGCCUUGUUACUGCGAGGCUAUGAGUACCAUAUUGUGUAUCGCCCAGGCCAAAGCAACGGCAAUGCUGAUUGUCUUAGCCGACUUCCACUUCCUGGUCCUAAAAAGCCAAAAGUUGAAGAAAAGAGAGUCUUACUUAUUGAAGAACUAGACCAUUCAACAGUGACAGCAUCGCAAGUACAACAGUGGACAUCAAGGGAUACAGUUCUUGCAAAUAGAGAGUAUGUUCUGAGGAGAUGGCCAGAAGAUGAGAACGAUCUCGUGACUGCACCUUACAGAGUCCGAAAACAUGAACUUAGUGUUGAAGAUGGAGUUCUCCUUUGGGGAGCAAGGGUAAUAGUUCCUCCGCAAGGAAGAGAACUAGUCAUCGAGGAAUUACAUGUGGCCCACCCAGGAAUUAACAGGAUGAAAGCGCUAGCUAGAAGCUACGUCUGGUGGCCAAAAAUGGAGCAUGACAUUGAGCAGGCAGUAAAGAAGUGUGAUACAUGUCAGCUGAACAGGAACUCUCCAUCAACCGCACCACUUCAUCCAUGGGAACAACCAGAGAAACCUUGGUCACGCGUGCAUAUAGAUUACGCAGGUCCUUUUAUGGGAUAUAUGAUAUUAAUACAAGUAGAUGCUACUACCAAGUGGAUCGAAGCAACAGUGAUGCCAAGCACAAAAGCUGAGGCUACAGUUAAACAGCUUAGAGAGACAUUUGCCCGACAUGGAAUACCAGAAGUUCUAGUGAGUGAUAAUGCAAGUAUAUUUAGAGGAGAAGUGUUCGAAGAAUUCAUGAGGAAGAAUGGCAUUAUUCAUGUAACAUCUGCACCGUAUCAUCCCUCAAGUAAUGGUCUUGCAGAAAGGGCAGUGCAAACUGUGAAGGCAGGAUUAAAGAAGACACCUGGGGAUACCAUUCGCACCAAGCUCAGCCGAUUCUUGUUCCAAUACAGAAUGACACCUUCUGGUGCUACCGGUAAAUCACCUUCAGAAUUACUCAAUCAUCGCAAGAUGAGGUCACUGCUUGACCUACUUCACCCAAAUCUUCAGGGAAAAGUACACAAGAAACAAAUGGAACUGAAAGCUAAGCAUGAUGGUGGUAAAGUGUUGCGAAGCUAUCAGGUUGGUGAGACAGUAUCGGUGAAAAACUUUGCAAAUGGAGCCAAAUGGUUACCUGGAACCAUCGACCGAGUAACAGGCCCAGUCUCGUAUGAAAUCAGUCUUAUUGAUGGCCGUAUUGUUAGACGACAUGUAGACCAUAUCAUCACACGGCAGCUUCCAAGUAUACCUUCGGCAAUGUUUCCUCACAACAGCACACCAAGUGUUGCUGCACCCACAGAACCACAGAUCCUUCAGGAGCAAACACCAGUAAGUACUCCUUUACAGCCAGCUACACUACAGGAGAGUGUGACAGAAGACAUCUUGCUGAGUCAACCGGAAUCAAGAAAAGAGCACAGCACACAGAUUGAAUCAGCAACCAAGCCUACUGUUGCAGAACAGUCACCUCCAGUCAGAAGAAGCAACAGAGAAACCAAAUUACCUACGCAUCUUCAGGAUUAUCAACUGAACUAUGUUACACUAUGA